AUGAACAGACAGACGUUUUUUGCAAGCUCCACCGUUGGACGAAAGGGCUUCAGUUCCGCUUCUGACGUCUGUGGCCUAAACGGACAUCGAACCUGCACGGCCUCCGUUGGUCCGCCGGUCGAAAGAUGUGGAGUUAGUGGCUACAGCAGCAGGAGUGUCUGCCACCUGGGUGGAAGCAUAAGAAUUGUCGAUGCUGGGGGCAGCCCUAGUGGUGCUGGAUGCUACGGGGGUUAUGGCUAUGGUAGCUCAGGUUGGGGCAGUGCAGGUUAUGGCAACUCUGGAGGUUUUAGCGGCAGGGUAGGUCUUUGCGGACCCAGAGGCUAUGGAACUUUCGGAGGUUAUGCCGAUUGCAGCAAGGAGGGUAUCCGAGGGGUCAGCGUCGAUGAGUCCCUCCUGAAGCCCCUCUGCGUAGGAGUUGACCCACAAGAACAUCAGGCACGAGAACACGAGAGGGAGCAGAUGAAGACCCUGAACAACCAAUUUGCCUGCUUCAUUGACAAGGUUCGACACCUGGAGCAGCAGAACAAGGUGCUGGAGACCAAAUGGAACCUCUUGCAGCAGUCUGUCCCUCCAGCCCCCCGGAAAAAUCUCGAGCAGUGCUUUGAGAAUUAUAUCUGCAGCCUGAGGAAGCAGCUUGAGGGUUUGUUAAGUGACAAGGAACAACUGGCCUGUGAAGAGUCUGCAUCAAGGAAGCUUGUGGAUGAAUUCAAAUGCAAGUAUGAAGAGGAAAUCAGUAGGCGCACAGCGGCAGAGACUGAGUUUGUGGUGCUCAAGAAGGAGGCAGACUGCGCCUUGCUGCACAAGGAAGAGCUAGAGGUGAACAUGAUCUUGUUGAAGCAGAAGCUGGAAUUUCUGAGAUGUGUGUUUGAUGAGGAGAGAGCUCAGAUGGAUGGCCGGUUCUGCGACACCGCAGUUGUUGUGAAAAUGGACAACAGCAGAGACUUGGACACGGACUGCAUAAUCAAGAACGUUGAAGGCUGGUACAAAGAGAUUGCUCAGAAGAGCAAAGAAGAAGUUGAUGUUUUGUACCAAACCAGGUUCGAGGAGCUUCAGGACAAAAGGGGCAGAUUCUGUGAGGAUCUAGAGAGAAACAAGCAUGAGAUUGCAGAGCUAACCCGCCUGAUCCAGAAGCUGCAGGGUGAGACUGACCAUAUAAAGAAACAGAUUGCCUGUCUGCAAACAGCCAUUUGUGAUGCUGAGCAGCGCGGUGAUUGUGCUCUUAAAGAUGCUCGAGGUAAACACAUGGAACUGCAGAACGCUCUCCAGAAGGCCAAGGAUGAGCUGGCAUGCAUGCUGCGUGAUUACCAGAAGCUCCUGAAUGUCAAGAUGGCCCUGGAUAUCGAGAUCACUACAUACAAGAAACUGCUGGAAGGAGAAGAAAGCAGGAUAUGUUUGGGGAUGCCUGUGAGUGUAUCUGUGGUCACCAACUCCUCCAACAUAGCUGGAGACUGUGCUUUGGAGCCAUUUGAUUUCAUUCUGGAAGAAACUGUAGCAUCUCUAGGACACGUCUUAAUUGGAGACAUCAUGCUUCAAAAGUCUGGUCAAAACGACUGCUAG